AGGCCCCCGAGAUGCCCCAGGGGCCCCUGGCGCCCUGCCCUGGUGGGACCUAGGCGGGCACCGCAGGAGCAGCGGGAGCAGCGGGAGCCAUGGGGUGGCCUGGCCCGGCCCUGGCCGCGCUGGUCCUGGCCGUGCUGCUGGGGCCCUCGCGGGCCGUGGUGCGCGCCGUGCUGGAGGGCAACGGCAGCUCGGUGGACUUCGCCGACCUGCCGGCCCUGUUCGGGGUGCCGCUGGCCCCGGGGGGCAUGCGGGGCUACCUGAUGGAGGCCAAGCCGGCCAACGCCUGCCAGCCCAUCGAGGGCCCGCGGCCCGGCAACCGCUCGCUGGGCGCCAUCGCGCUGAUCCGCCGCUACGACUGCACCUUCGACCUCAAGGUGCUCAACGCGCAGCGGGCCGGCUUCGAGGCGGCCAUCGUGCACAACGUGCGCUCCGACGACCUGGUGCGCAUGGCCCACGUGUACGAGGACCUGCGGCGGCAGAUCGCCAUCCCCUCCGUGUUCGUGGGCGAGGCCGCCUCCCAGGACCUGCGCGUCAUGGUGCGCUGCGACAAGUCCGCCCACGUGCUGCUGCUGCCCGACGCCCCGCCCUGCCCCGACCUGGACUGCCACCCCGUGCUGGCCAUGUCCUGGGUGCUGGGCCGCACCCUGGCGCUGGUGGCCUCCACCUGCUUCAUCCUGCGCCGCCUGUGGCUCUGGGUGCACAGCUGGUGGCCGCGGGCGCCGCCGGCCAAGGCGCAGGCGAGCCAGAAGGCGCAGGUGCGCACCUUCACGCGGGCCAGCGACCUGUGCGCCAUCUGCCUGGACGAGUACGAGGAGGGCGACCGGCUCAAGAUCCUGCCCUGCUCGCACACCUACCACUGCCGCUGCAUCGGGCCCUGGUUCUCACAGGCCGCCCGGCGCUCCUGCCCCGUGUGCAAGCAGUCGGUGGCCAGCACCGAGGACGGCUCCGACUCCACGGUGGAGAGCUUCGGCGACGAGGACGCCUCCCUGCCGGGCCACCAGCCGCCCAUCUGGGCCAUCCAGGCCCGGCUGCGCUCCCGGAGGCUGGAGCUGCUGGCCCGGACCAGCCCCAGCCGCCACCGCAGCACCACGUCCCUGGGGGCGGCAGACACCGCCGCGCCCCCCGACAGGCCCCCGGGGCCCCCCUGUCCGGGCGGGGGGGUGGCGACGGGUGUUUCUAGAAUAAAGUGGGUUUGA